AUGCAGAUCGUGGUGCAGCACUGCCCUCCCGGCGAGUGCCCAUUGGUUGGAUACUCGGUUCAAUGUGACCGAGAAGUGAUCAAGGACAAGAUGCCCAGGCUGUACCGCCACCUGAGCCACCAGAUCGUGGAUGUUUCCAGUUUCUUCAUCGUUUCUCGCCUCUGGCUCCCCGAGCACUGGCAAUAUUGGGACCGGAAGUCCAGCACCUACAAUCACAGAGCUGUGAACGACGUGGAAGAUGCGAUCGAAGCUCUAAGAUGGGUGCGGGAGAAGUUCUUUUCCGAGAGCCUGCUUCCGUUUGGAGCAGCGAAAGAGACUCUUCCAACGGCGGCUUCUCUUCUCUGA